UGAUAUGUAACGAAAUAAAUAGUCAAAGCGUAGAGGGAGAACCUCCUACGAGUCAGAGUGUCCAUAGCCAAAUCCAUAUAAUUCGAAAAUUACGCGCGUCACAAAUCACAACACCUACACAUCACAAUAUGAAAUGUCAACAACAAAUUGAUAAGUGUUUCUGCCUUGUUUCUGCUUUGAAAUCUUAUUAUUUAAUAAUGUUUAUCCGAAAGAAAUAGUGUUGCACGUAAGAAUUUAUAAUCCUGAUUAUAAAAUUUCUAUUGUGCCAUGAUUAUGAAGCAGGAAAAUGCCGAAAGUUAUAGAGCUUACAGUAGAAAUAAACGUGGAAAGGGUCUCAUGCCCCGGAGUAUGGCUAUGUCAAGAUGGCCGUGUGUCACUGACAAUAUUUGCGCUUGGCACUAGCUAUCAAACCGGCAUGCUGCCUCCACUUUUCCCAAUUGAGUUCCGAGAUGUCUUUUACUUCCGCAAGACAUUUGAAGAGACUUGUAGUCUGAGCAAUAUUGUUUGUUUACUUAAAGAUGAAACAAUUUACUGUGAGCUGGUGCAAUGGUGUCAAGACUGCACAAGCUGGCAGAGUACAAUACUGGCACAGUACCUUGGAGCUUUGAAUGAUGUGCUGUUCCCACCUCAUAUGUGUUCUAAUGAUGGCAUUGAUUUACUCAUGCGCCGUUCUAAGCAAUUCCCGGGCAUACUAUCCCCGAAAAUCGAGAUAACGACCAAAAUGCGUAUAGACGAGGUGUGGGACUCGGUCGGCGGCGCCCAGCCCAAAUCAGCCAAGAUCAGAGCGUGUACUUGCACACGUCCUGAUUUGGAUACUUCCAGACAAAAGCAAGUCUGCCACACACCACUUUAUCACAGAGUCAAAUGCAAUACAAGACCGCGAUCACGAUCUCGGUCACAUUCGGAUGGUUCGAGGUCGUGCAGCACUUUAUUCACCAAAGGGCAGGAUCCUGUGUUUCCUUGUAAGGCAACCAAAAUCGGGCUGAGCUCAUGCCCUCUUCGCCGGCGUAACAAUAUUGCAGACUAUCAAUUCCAAGUUCAGUACCGCACGAAAACGCCCGCUGUCGACAAUAUGUGGAAAGCACACACUUCAACUACUGACAACAGCAGUGUCGAUUACAGUGAUAACGAUUUUGAUUGCAGACAAAGUAGCAGCGAGAGAAUUGACCAAGCACACGAAAGGCUAAACGACUUAAAACAAAAACUUAUUUUGGAAAGUCGGUUCAUAGAUGUAGACAAGUAUAAUGCCGAUUUACAUCCCUUUGGUUGUAAGAAAAAAGGUAAGGUGAAAAAUUAAGACCCCAGCUUACUUAAAAUAUAAAAAAAAAACUUUAUCAACUGUAAGGGUAGCGUAAUUUUUUGAGCUGUGAGUCGCGGUUUUUGAGUCUAGUAGGUUACGUUCGACGGAAAUUCGAAUAGUGUAAUCGUUCCAUGAAGCGUUAGAUGAUGUUAGAACAAGAAGUACUGAGUACAUCUACUGAAUAUGGAAAGAUUAUGUAAACAUCCAGAACAAUUUGUAAAGUACUACCACAUGCCAAUAAACGUUUCCGUAACCUUCAGUCAUAAUUGCACGCGUGAGUCGGUAAACAACGCACUUUGCGUUGUCGUGUGGCACAAACCGGACUUUAAUAUGAAACCGAAUGCAGCGUAAACUAAGCGACUCAGAAAACGCGACUCACAAUUCAAAAGAUUACGCUUGUCUGUCCUCACUCUUAUUAGUCCUGUUGGGUAAUGUGUUCGUAGCUUAAUGCUUGAAGAAGUCGUGGAGGAAUUACGAACAAUUCGAGGUGUUUGUUUGUAUGGCUGUAGACAAUUUACAUCUUUUUGUUAUCUGACAGAUCGAAGCCCCGUCCGAUAGUUGUUUGAAGCGUUAAUCCAUUACUACGUUUCGAAACUAUAUAUUUUUGAUGUAUUUCAAAAUUGUGUAGUCAUUUACAAUGCUUGUAUAAAAGUUGCGCAUGCGCAUGAAAAUUGUAAAAAAAAUAACUGUACUUAAUUGUAACUGCGCUUGGUCUAACUAUUCCACGUUGAAGCUACCCAUUUCCAGGAAUUCCGGGAUUUAUUUCUCUGCCCUGUUAGUGGGACGUGAUCGUCGAGACAACUUGCGACUUUAAAUUAGACGCUUAUAGAAGCGUUGCAAUGAGGCUACAGCCGCGCCACUAUCAAUUUUCAUACAAUAUUUAGAAGCGCAGUUGCAGCGCCACUGUCGUGACAUGCGCGCGCCAAUUUUGCAGUCACGAUAACUGAACAAAAAUUUACUGAAGGUUGAGACGUGCCGCUGCCGCGCCACAAUCGCGCGACUGUAGCGCUUCUAUAAGCGUCUAAGUUGAAGACGCCCUAAAUGUCAAACUUGUUAAAACAAGCUACUUAGCUGAAUUCUUAAAUUGUAGAAAAUUAAGUUUAACCAAAUUUUAUAUUUUGAAAAUGUAGAAGGAGUAUUUAAAUGCAAUUAUUUAUUAAUACAAAUUUAUCUGUUGUAACGAAUUGUGUUCAAUAAUUUACCUUAUUUAUUCUAUUUAAAUAAUUUAAUGAAUUUACCUUAUUUUAAACUAUUGUUCAUUUGAGUAUAAUGUUAUUAAAAUGAUAUGAUCGUGAAAUAAAGAAAC